GCCCGGCCCGGUUCCGCAGCGCCCUCCGCUCGGCCCGGGCCCGGCCCGGCCCGGUUCGGCUUCCCGGCGCUUCCCGGCGCCCUCGGCCCGGCCCGGCCCGGCCCGGCGGCGGGAGGUGCCCAGGAUGCCCGAGGAGCGCCGCUCUGUCCCACCAUGUCGGUCUCCAAACUGCAGGACGCGGAUGAGGUUUUCGAGACUCCGCGCCUGGACAGCAGUCUCCAGAAGGCCCGAGCCCGGCUACUAGCCAAGGGCCGCCGGCACCGGCCCUCCCGCUCCCGCCUGCGAGACAGCGCCAGCUCCACCGAGGGUGACGAGGGGCCCGAGGCGGCGGGAGCCGAGGGUGAUGGCGGCCAACCGGCCCCCUCGCCCUUCUCCCGCGGCGUCGAGUUCUCCUUCGAGGUGGGGGCGGUGCGGCGGGGGCUGGGGGACCCCCCGGCCUCCUCGCCCCCCCUCAGCCGCUACCGGCCCCUCACCAACGCCUCGUCCCAGGAGGGGCUGGCGGGCACCCCCUCGCCCAAAUCCUGCCACAGCUCCGACAGCUCGCCCGGCUUCGCCCGCCGCGACGCCUGGCCCCAGCGGCACAGCGAAGACGACAGCCGGGACAUGAGCCCCCCCGAGCCGGCCAGCCCCACCGUGGGGCUCGAUAAGAAAACACGGAGGAAGUUCUUGGAUUUGGGGGUGACCCUGCGCCGGGCAUCCUCCAGCAAAAGCCGUAAGGAGAAGGGCAGCAACCGCUUGUCCAUGGGCAGCAGGGAGGCGGCAGAGGGUCCCGGCCGCUCCUCGGGGUCACCUUUCCUGCCCUUCUCCUGGUUCUCGGACAGCGCGAGGGGCUCGGCCUCCCCCGGCUCCGCAUCGCCUGCCGGCUCCCCCCGGCACGAGGGGCUCAGCCCCGCCAAAUCCGCCUCCCAGGACUCGACGCUGAGCGAGGACUCCCCACCGCCCAGCGCCAGCCCGCGCCUGCCCGGCCCCACCGCCACCAAGUGCUCCUACCCCUACCACACCUUGUCACAGUCCUCGGAUGAGUUCCUGGAUGAGCCCCCCGGCGCGGCUGCGGGCUGGACGUGCCGGCAGGUGGGACAGUGGUUGGAGAGCCUCAACCUGGAGCAGUAUGUGGAAGAGUUCUCAGCCCAUGGCGUCGAUGGUUCUCGGCUCCUGCACCUCGAUGGUGCCAAGCUCAAGGCGCUGGGCGUGGGCAGCUCGCAGGACCGUGCGGUGCUGAAGCGGAAGCUGAAGGAGCUGAGCUUGGCCGUGGAGAAGGAGCGCAAGGCCCAGGAGAAGGCAGAGAAGCAGCGGGAGAAGCAGAAGAAGAGGGACCAGGAGCAGCGGCGGAGCUAAGGGGGGGGCCGGGAGCGCCCCUGCACCCCUUCCCCACCCACUGCCCCUGGGACACCCGGGGGGCACCCAGCUCCGGCACGGGACACGCCGCCACGGCCAAGGGACGGCGGCACCAGGCUGAGACGGGCACGGAGCGGCACGUGCACCCCCCUCCUCCAGCCGCCCCCUCCCCGCCUUGCACCCCUGCACCCCACAGGCACAGUCCGGGCCCUCCAUGGGCCCCUUUUCCGGAUCCAAAUGGCACGUUGGAUUCCCCCCCCCCCCCUCCAACUCCCCCACCUUGUUCCGUAACCCCUCUGCACCCUGAGGGGUCUGGGCGGGUCACAGCCACCCCUCUCACCCCGGUCCCCCGGCACGGUGCGGCACCGGCCGAGGACAGUGCAUGGCCUGACCCCCUCCAGACGCGCACACCCCCCCAAGUCGGGGUGCGGGGAGUGAACGCUGACCCCCCCCCCC